AAGGCAGCGCCAGGCUCAGGGGGAAGAACAGGAAAUGGAAGGGGGGAAUGAAAAUCUGCAUCUCAACCGAAGGAUUUCCACACUGACGAAAUGAGUCAAACAUCUCUGAAGCAGAAAAAGAAGAAUGAGCCCGGGACGAGGUACUCAAAAGAGAGUCUAGACUCAGAAAAGAGACGGGACUCUGAGAAAUCGGGCAUCCGCCUGAGCACUCAGAUGAGGCAUGCAGGCACCCCGAGUCACUCGCUGAGAUGCCGCCCCAUGCGUGGUCACCCGUCAUGUAGACGCUGCCUUUGUGUAGCUGGGGGAACUAGCCCCUGCCGCACAACACAUAUUUAUAUUCACAUGUGCCUGUUGUGGGAGCAGGGCCAGCAGAUCACCAUGAUCAGGGGAUCCCAAGAAGUAUCAGCACUGAAGACAAACUCUCGAGGUGCCUUCGUGGGAAAUCAGUGGUCCCGAACGUCACGAAGCCCGUCCACCAGGCCCCGGUCGGUAGACAAGCCCAGAAGCAGGAACAGCAGCCUUAAGGUAGGAGGAGCGGCGAUGGUGAGUGCGCCUGGCUCUCCCUCCCCGCCCGCGCCCUCCGCCCUCCGCCCUCCGCAGCCCAAGCCCAAGCAGGCCAUCACCGUCGCGGUCUCCUCCCGGGCCCUGUUCAACAUGGUGGACGACAGGCGCAUCUACGAGGAGGAGGGCCUGGAGAAGUACAUGGAGUACCAGCUCACCAACGAGAACGUGGUGCUGACCCCGGGGCCCGCCUUCCGCUUCGUCAAGGCCCUGCAGCACGUCAAUGCCAGACUCCGCGAACUGUAUCCUGAUGAACAGGACUUAUUUGAUAUUGUACUGAUGACUAAUAACCAUGCCCAAGUGGGAGUGAGGCUUAUAAACAGCGUCAAUCACUACGGACUCCUAAUCGACCGCUUCUGUCUGACUGGUGGCAAAAGCCCCAUUGGCUAUUUGAAGGCGUAUCUCACCAACUUGUAUCUUUCUGCGGAUUCUGAAAAAGUACAGGAGGCAAUACAAGCAGGAAUUGCUUCUGCAACAAUGUUUGAUGGGGCUAGAGACAUGGCUUACUGUGACACACAGCUCCGAGUGGCCUUUGACGGGGAUGCUGUCCUCUUCUCAGAUGAGUCUGAACACAUCGCCAAGGAGCAUGGACUGGACAAGUUCUUUCAACAUGAAACAAUGUUUGAGAAUAAGCCUCUCGCUCAGGGUCCCCUAAAAGGCUUUCUGGAAGAUUUAGGCCGUCUGCAAAAGAAAUUUUAUGCUAAAGAUGAAAGGUUACUCUGUCCCAUCAGGACCUACCUGGUUACAGCCAGAAGUGCAGCCAGUUCAGGUGCCCGUGUGCUGAAGACUCUUUGUCGCUGGGGACUAGAGAUAGAUGAAGCUCUUUUCCUUGCUGGAGCCCCCAAAGGUCCCAUCCUGGUGAAAAUCCGGCCCCACAUCUUCUUUGAUGACCAGAUGUUCCACAUUGAAGGGGCACAGAAAUUUGGCACCAUCACAGCUCAUGUACCUUACGGCGUCAGUGAAAAAUACAACCCUUAGGGUGGAUGGAGAGAAGAAACAUGGCAGUUUCCUAUGAUACAUUACACUUACUUUGGAUAUCUAGAGUAAUUAGGUAUUUCAGAAGAUUGGACCUCAGGGAUUAGGUUUUUUUGGAAAGGCUUUUUCUUCACUUCUUUGAAAACAUUUUGAACUCUCAAGUUACUGUCAAGCUACUUCUCUUCAAGCAGUCAGCGUUGUUGAAUGAUACUGCACCUGUUUCCAUGUAAGAUAAAAUGAUGCUUCUUUGGGAUGUUUAGAACUUGAAGAUUUGAGUGCUUAUGGGCUGUUUCAGAAGCUUGCUUGGUUUCAUUUGCUUGGUUCCUUUUUGGAUGGAGAUGGAAUGAAUUGUUAGCCAUCAUCAUUUAGAAGAGCAGUCUUCACAGUUGAAUGAGAAUGGCACGCACAACUCCUGAAAACUAGUGUGUUUUAUUUUGUUUUCUCUGAUAACUAGCCCUUUGACCAAGUCAAAAUGAGAAUAUCACUUCACCUGGAUUUGGACUCUGUUCAUUUGGAAAUAAAUCAGCUGAUUUUUCCUAUGGGGCACAUUAUAAAAUGAUCUUACAGACAGAACUUCCUGAGAAGGGUUCUUCAAAGCUUUCUUGGUGGGUUCAUUGCCUGUGGUCCACAGACCUUCAUACUUGAAGCUUCUGAAUUUGAACCUACAGGUUGACCCAAUACUUGCAUGGUAAAAAAGUAAAAGAAAAAAAAAAAAAA